CAAUUUGCUUCUAGUUGAUGUUCCGCAAAAUGCGUGGAUUGAGCGAAUUCCCCGAAAAAUCCCAGACCACUGGAGAUGUCUUGUCUCAUCUAACGUCCUCAGUGGACCUAGAUUUUGGCUGUGACCGCCCGCUACAUGUCACCAUGCUCCCUAAUCCUUCCCAUCUGGAGGCCGUGAACCCAGUCGCUACUGGGAAAACUCGUGGGAGACAGCAAUCUCGCCAGGAUGGGGAUUAUUCAGCAAGUGGCUCAGCACAGCCAGGAGACAAAGCCAUUUGUGUACAGGUACAUGGAGAUGCUUCUUUCCCAGGACAAGGUAUUGUUGCUGAAACCUUCACUCUCUCGAAUCUCCCUCACUAUCGAAUCGGCGGCAGCAUUCACCUGAUUGUCAACAAUCAGUUGGGUUAUACCACACCCGCUGAGAGAGCCAAAUCCUCACUCUAUAACAGUGAUGUUGGUAAGAUGGUUCAUUGUGCUGUGAUUCAUGUGAAUGGCGACGAUGCAGAAGAAGUAAUUCGAGCCACAAGACUGGCUGUUGACUAUCAGCGGCGUUUCCGAAAGGACGUGAUCAUAGACUUACUCUGCUACAGGCAGUGGGGCCACAAUGAACUCGAUGACCCAACCUUCACAAACCCCACCAUGUACAAGAUUAUCAGAUCUCGUAAAAGUAUUCCAGACUUGUACUCGGAGCAGUUAGUAGCAGAUGGCCUCCUGACUGAGCAGGAGGUUUCCAGCAUUAAAACUUCUUAUUAUUCUAAACUGAAUGACCGUUUAACAAACACGGGGUCAUUUUCACCGAUGGCUCCGAACCUCCAAGCUCACUGGAGUGGCUUGGUGGAACCUUCAUUUAGGAUCAGUACAUGGGAUACUGGAAUGCCUAUAGACCUGCUCAAGUACGUAGGUGCCAAGUCUGUGGAGGUUCCUAGGGAAAUAAUCAUGCAUGGUCAUCUGGUGAAAACACAUGUACAGGCUAGAUUGCAGAAACUGGAAGAGGGCACAAAGCUGGACUGGUCUACAGCAGAGUCACUGGCUAUUGGAACUUUACUGUGCCAAGAUUUUAAUGUGCGUAUAAGUGGGCAGGACGUUGGACGCGGCACCUUCAGCCAACGACAUGCAACGGUUGUUUGCCAGGAAACUGGUGACACUUACAUCCCACUCAACCAUAUGAGUCCAGAACAAAAAGGAUUUUUUGAGGUCUGUAACAGUCCAUUGUCUGAAGAGGCAGUGCUAGGUUUUGAGUACGGGAUGAGUAUUGAAAGCCCAAAGCUACUUCCGAUAUGGGAAGCCCAAUUUGGGGACUUCUUCAAUGGCGCUCAAAUUAUAUUUGACACAUUUAUCUCUGGAGGUGAGGCAAAAUGGUUGCUGCAAAGUGGAAUUGUUAUUCUCCUCCCCCAUGGCUAUGAUGGUGCAGGCCCAGAACACUCCUCCUGUCGUUUGGAGCGUUUUCUGCAGAUGAGCGACAGCAAGGAGGAAGGUAUUGACGGAGACAAUGUCAACAUGUUCAUUGUACAUCCAACUACUCCAGCACAAUACUAUCACUUACUGCGCCGGCAGAUGGUUCGAAACUUCCGUAAACCCCUGAUUGUAGCCUCCCCGAAAAUGUUGCUGCGUCUCCCAGCUGCUGUUUCCAGUUUGGAUGAGAUGGCACCAGGAACGACUUUUAAACCCGUCAUCGGGGAUUCAAAAGUGGAUCCAAAAAUAGUGACUCGAGUGGUGCUAUGUUCAGGAAAGCACUAUUAUACUCUGGCUAAACACCGUGAGUCUUUAGGAGAGGCAGGACAGAACACAGCACUCAUCAGAAUAGAAGAGCUUUGUCCUUUCCCCUUGGAGGCACUUCAGCAACAAAUGGAAAGAUACAAAAAUGCAAAAGACUUUAUAUGGAGUCAAGAAGAACCACAGAACAUGGGCCCAUGGUUUUUUGUAUCUCCCAGGUUUGAGAAACAGUUAGCAUGCAAGUUAAAGUUGGUGAGCAGACCGUCUCUUCCAACACCUGCAGUUGGAAUUGGGACUUUACAUCAGGAACAAAGUCAAAACAUUCUCACCAGAACCUUCUCCUGAAAGGAAUUUGGGAAAAGCUUGUGUUUCUGCUCUAUGGUGCUUGAUUACGAACAAGACCAACAACUUAAAACUGAUGAGAGAAUACCCAUUGAACUGAAACUUUUUACAAAAAUUAAUGUUACACUUUUUUUAUUAAAGGAAAAAUGACAGAUUUAGCUCAGAUCAUGGAAGUUGUUCCAACUAAGUUCAGUAAAAAUAAGAAUUAAAAUUCUGAGCUAUUUAGGUGUUGGGCAUACAAAGUGAACUGUACUUUUGCAAGCAAAUAUGAGGUUUGGUGUACAUGUUCUGGAGUUUCAAAAGCAAAUUAAUGUUAAUCUUCAGACUGUUGCACUGCAGUUCAUGGUUUCUAAGCAUAUUUUCUUCAAGAUUUUGUUAAUCAAUUUAAAUUCCCCAGCUAUUGCAGUAGGAAUUUAAUUAUCCAAAUCUUUAGUCCAGGCCACUGGAUUACUAGUUCAACAACAACUCUGCUGUCAUCCUUGGAGAUAAUUAAAUUAUAACAAGGGAGAUGUAUGUCUACAGUUCAAUUGGGGGUUUAAAAAAGCGUGUAAGCAUUAUUUAGAGCAGUUGACUGUCUGAAAAUCACAAUUACGUGCUUUGUUAUUUUUAGGUUUUAAUUUAUGCAACUGUAGUGUGUUUUCUGACAUUAUCAAUUAUGAAAUGGUGAGAAAAAGUAACCUCAUUUGAUGUACUUUCUUCCCCAAUGGAUUCUGGUCACUUUUUCCUUUGUUGAAGUGUGGAGGUGAGGUUAGCAAAGAGUAUAAAUCAUUCUGAGCAAUUUGUUUGCAUUUCUACCAAAUCUAAUUUUAGUGUGUAGCAUACUAACAGCCUUCUUUUAAGGUGGAGUGAUAGCAGUUGGUGGAACUGGUCACUUUAGUAGGGAAUGCAUGUUAUUUACAUUUGGUAAUGUACAUUCCUCAUUUUUCCCAGUGUAGACCACCUCAUGUUUAAAUGGAGUGAAUGUAAAUGCUCCAAUCAUAGUGUAAGACUUCAGGGAGAUGAACAAAAGGGAUGACUCUUCUGCUGCAAGGGAAUACAAGCUGUUAUAGUCAAAUUGAUUUUGUCUGAAGAAGUGCUAUUGUUGGUAUGAACUAUGCUAUUCUCCCUUUGUCUGCCUGCAGUGUUGCUCAAUAUUGAUCUGCAGCAAUACAUUGUUUGCAUUUAUAUCGUAUUCCUGAUGUAAAUGGCCAUCUAAGAGCUUUGAAUGGAAAAGAUUGAAUUACCAAACUCCGAGGUCAAAGAAUUUAGGGAACAGCUUUAAGACAAAAUCAAUCAAUGAGCUAAUUUAUUGUGGAGAUUAAUGCAAUAGUACAGAAUUUAGCCCAUUGUGUCUGCAGUGGCUCCUUUUUGAAAAACAAUUCCUGUCCUUCCUCCAACAGCUCCCCCACCCUGCAACUUUUAUUCUUUCAACUAUUUAACGCUGCUUUCUGUGGUGUUCAUGGGCAAACUCUGCAUAUCUUAGCAAAUUAAUUAGAGGUGAGCAUAAACUUUCACAAAAAAUGGUAGUCAUUAUUGUCAGUGAGAGGAGGAUAGUAAGCUGGGGUUCCACAUAGUAAGAAUAUAAUCGUUGAAAUAGAGAAAACAAGUUUAAAAGUCUUAGUAUCCUGAAAUCAUUAGAAUGGUUACAUCACAGAUGGAGGCCAAUCAGUCCAUUGGGCAUGCCAGAUCUAACAGCUACUCUGCUACCACCUCCUAGCUUUUUUCCUGUAGCCCUGCAGGUGUAGUAUGAGGUUAUGAUGAGCAAAUGGAUUUUCUCUCGGCAUGGUGUACAUUCAAAUUCUGGAAAUACUUGAUGCUGAAUUGAAAAACAUUAAAUGUCCUGAUAUUAA